UGUUCAGAUAUGAGCCAGGUCACUUUUUUGCAGACUUUAGUCACAGCUUGUCCUAAACUGUCGAUCAGUGACAAUGAAGGUUCUGCUUCUCCUCUCCUUGGUGGUGUGCGCCAGGAGUGCGCCACAGAGGCCACAAGCAGUCACGGCACCAACAGGAUGCCAGUUUGGAGGUAACUUCUACCCGGCCGGUUCCACUAUCAGUGAGGGUACGGACCGCUGCGGAUGUACGUACGGUACAUACUGUACACAGGACGGAGGCGUGGUGAUCGGGGACUGCUUUCCUACGUGCUGUAUUCACGAGGGGAACGUUAUUGACCAUGGUUCAUCCUUCACGGACAGCUCAGGAGCGCAGUGUCAGUGUGAGUGGGGGCAGGCACUAUGCACUGCACCGCCAGUUACAGGUUGCCAAUAUGGAGGUAACUUCUACCCUGCUGGUACUACCAUCAGUGAGGGUACGGACCACUGCGGAUGUACGUACGGCACCUACUGUUCACAGGACGGGCAUGUGAUGAUUGGGGACUGCUUUCCCACGUGCUGUGUUCACGAGGGAUCCGUCGUUGACCACGACUCGUCAUUCACGGACAGCGCAGGCGCACAUUGUCACUGCAACUGGGGACAGUUAAUCUGUUCUAUUUCUGGUGGUGACGACAUCCUCUCCGGAUGAAUGAGCAAGGAAUGUCUGUCUCUUAGAUCUUCCUCGAACCUCGGCGUGAGAGCCACAACCUUUGGCGGGAAACCUGUCUCUCCAAAUAGGGCCUUCACACUGAAACCGAAUUAGCAGGAAUCAAGCAGAAC